AUGAUUGAAGGAAUAAAGAAACAUAUUAAUGAGACUUUGGAAAGUGCACUUACACAGGGUUUUACUUCAACUAAUUGUGGUAUUCAAGGGGAAUUAGAUAAUGAAUAUUCACUUGUUAGAUUAAGAGGAAUGGUUGAAUUCUGUUUAGAACCUGAAUUAUACGUAUAUGCAGCAAGAUAUAAAAACAAUACUGGUAACAAUAAGGAAGUGUUCUCGGGUAUAUUUAAGAGUAAUAUGAAAGAAUUGGGAGAUAAUCUAGAGAUAAUCAAAUUUGAUACUAGACAAGUAUACAAACUUGUACCAAUACCAUAUCUAACUUCUUGGGCAAAAAGUGGAGAAACUUCAUCGCAUGAUAUCUGCAAUUGUGAUGAAGAGUUUCCUCCACUCAACUUGAGAGUUUAUAAAUUCUCCCAAGACUUAAGUCAAAGUAGGAAUAAUUUAGAAUUUCAUUUUAUUUUCAAGAGUAUAAUGAAUUUUAUAAGCCUUGGUGAUAAAGGAGGUGAAUUGCAAGAUGAAUUUAAAGUUAACGAACUUUUAGAAGUAAUUGGACUAGUUGAAGUGUUUACAGUUGAGUUUCCAGAUAGCAGCGAUGCAAGUACUUGUGCUGAUUUAAGUUGUAGAGGAAAUGAACUUCAGAUAAAUAUAGAAUCAAGUGUACCUUAUGCAGUGGAAGUAGUUGGUAAUCAAUUUAAGGAGCUAUUAUCUAAUCAAGAAGACGAAUUGUCCCAAGUUAUUUGCCCAAAUGAAAGUUUCGAAUUAAGAAAAAUAUAUAUGAUUCAUGUUCUUGGCUAUAAAAGAAUAUCCAACUACGUCCCGAUUCGAAGUUUAACAUUAGGAUUUGAUGGCUACCUUGCAGAAAGAAUACUAGCAGCAAAUAAUAGGGAUUUCCUGAAUAAGCUUAUAUUAAGAGGUCCUUGUAAGAAUUUAGACUCACUUUACAAUACUUUGUUGAAUUAUAUUGCAAAUAGAGCUUUUUCUGGGAAUUUACUUGUUGCGGAAUAUGUAUUGUUGAGUAUAUGUGCUAGAAAACUAUCAAACAUUAAUGUUAAAGACGAGUUCAAUAUUAAUGAUAGCACUCAAAAUUUAGGCUAUAUUGCACUUCAUAUAAGUAAUAUCAGUAAUCAUUCAAAUCGCCUUGUUGUAAGUAAUAUCUACAAAGUUUUCAAUGAUCUCAUGCCACGCUUAAUUAAUAUAGAUGUAACAAUAUCAAAUUUAAAUUCUGAUAACUUUACUCCAUGGUAUGAUUCAAAUUCUUGUAACUUUCAUACAGGUUUACUACAAUUUCCCAAUGAAAGGAAUCUUGUAAUUAUAGACGAAACAAAUCUAGAAGAAGGUAAACUAACUCUUAAAGGAAUGGAAAAUUUAUUGAAUAUAAAGUCUCUACUAUCAAACAGUAUAAUUAAUUAUAAGUUUCCAGCCUAUCAAGUUCCAAUUAGAUGUGAGGCAAAUGUAAUCCUGCUAUCUUGUGGAGCCAAAUCCUUAAUUGGAGAUUUUAUACUGAAAGUUCCUCUGGAUGAUGUUUUACAGGAUGAAUUCAUUGAAUAUACCAAUGAGGAUAUAAUUUCUAGAGAUCUAUUGUAUCAAUUAAGACUUUAUAUUGCACUUGUUAUAAGUUGUACAGAUACUGUAUAUUGUGAUGAAUCGGUUCUGAACCAUGUCUCACAUACAUUUGCUGAGAGAAGACAAGCUUUCUCCAAGGAUGGAAGAGAACAGAUAAGACCUGAUAUUCUCCAUUCUUGGAUGGCUUUAUCCCGAUCUUAUACUCUAUUAAAAGGUGAAACAAAUCUCACAAAACAAAAUUUUGACUAUAUAAUGAAACUAGAGACAAAAAGAAUGAAAUAA